AUGCCACGAGGUAUUUUAAAGAGUAAAGUUUGGAAAUAUGAAAAUGAUGGUCUAGGCAAUCAACCUAUUGAGUCAAGGUGGAAAAAAUACUGGCUGGAGAUCGAUGAUUAUCAUGGUAACCUGACAUGGUACGAAAAGUUCAGGCCUUGUACAUUUAGGUCCAUUGAAAUAUCAAAAAUUGUAAAAUAUUUCACGAAUGGUGAGGAUUGUGAAUCUAUACCUUCCUGCCCUGCCGUUCCUGAAAGUAAAACUUACCGAAACAUGUUCGCCUUCCCAGAAGACAUCGACAACGACCCAAACAAAAUAGUGUUCUUUGUCGUUAGCAGACCACAGCAUUAUAGAAAACAAACAGAUAGAAACCGAACCAGCCAGGCAACUAAUGAGGAUUUAUACGACGGUGAUGUUGAGAAUGUAGGAGCGGAUAACACAAACCCGACAUUGAAAGUUGGCUCUGCAGACGUUUGGCACCUGGUCGGCAAGCAGAAUUAUGGAGUUACUUCCUUGAUUCCAAAGCACUCGCUUGAUUUCCUCUGCAUCCAAAAUACAAAAUUCGAUAAGGGACAUUUCAACACGCGCGCGCACGGCUGCAAGAUGUUAUCUCUUGGGGGCAAAUCUAACUCGCCGUGUGUCGGUGUGAUAAUCAGCGAGAGAUGGGUCAAACAAGUUUCAGAGUUCAAGUACAUUGGCAAGGAAAUUGUCGUAGUUAAGAUAAAAGGCGAUGCCAUUUGUGUGCUGUCCGUCCAGUGUCCAAAGGUUUUAGAAGAGAUUGAAAGGUUUAAGUUUUUUGAAAAUUUAAGAGACUGUCUGAAAUCUCUGAUCGAGUUUGAGUUGAUCAUCAUCUGCGGUGGGUUUGAAGGGCAGUCGUAUAUGGAGAAGGACGAUCGUACUCCCAUCCUCAGGGAAGGAAUUAAUAGCAGAGACGCUGGCAUGCUACUGAAACUAAUCAAUGAAAUGAACUUAACUCUGGAAAACACACACCUCCUCAAUAGAAAUUCAUUCUCCAAUGGCGAUCUUUACAAUUUCAUUCUCACUCGCAACAAUGGCGCAAAUAAAUUAGCCGAAGUACGUACCUGCUCCGAACUGCUUCUGCUGGGACACACGCUGUCGCUGGCUACUUUUGCCGGCGAUUUUACCGUCAGCGGUCAUUAUUUCCGUAAUGAAGAUUCCGAUUAG